AUGCACAAGCUGCAGGUGUUGCUGCUGGUGGUGUGCGUGGCGGUGGGCCCCAGCCUGGCCCAGAUCACCUUCUCGCGCUCGUGGGUGCCGCAGGGGAAGCGCUCGGGGGUUGCGGGGGCCCUGAUGGCCCCUGAGGGACCUGCUCCCCUGGGGGAGAGCUGUCACGGCGCCUACGUGGAUGCUCUCAUCCAGGUCGCCGCUGUGGUCAAUAACUUGAUCAGGACUGCACAUGAAGCUCGUCCUCGUCUCCUGAACCCAAAAGCAUCGAUAUAGACGUGAAGAGAGAUAGACAGCAUAGAAGGAGAAGAUAAAAAGGUGCUUUACGGCGAUAAAGAAAUAUCAAGAUAAGCAUCGCUCAAGAUCUUCAAGCAAAAUGAAGGAAAGCAAGAAAAAUAAAAUAAAAAGUUA